AUGCGCGGGGGCCAGGCCAGGCAGUUGGGGCGCAGCGCCGCCCUGCGCCAGCGAGAGGCUGCAAGUCCUGCCCUGCGGGGAGGGCAGCCCAGCCCCCCUUCACACCCGCCAAGUGCCGGGCAGGCGCAGAGGGGGCGCUGACUCUCACAUCGGCAUUAGAUGCCCCAGAAUGACCCUGUUUGUCCAAUUGAAUACAAUUUACCUACAAAAUUUGACCUUUGGAGAACUAGAAAACACGAGGAUUUUGCUAUGGAUUCUGUAAUUAAAAACAGUUUUUAUCUAAACAAAAUAUGGGUUCAAUGUGAGAAUGGCAGUUGUUUAAAAUGGAGGCUGCUACCAACUGAUGAUGCUGCACAAGUAGAUCACAAUGAGCCAUGGUACUGUUAUAUGAAUACUUAUCCAUCGUUUAAUAAGUGUUCUGUUUCUGAAAAAUGUUUUCCAGAGGAGUCUGAGUUUCAUAAAAAUGGAUUUAAAUACAUUUACUCAAGGCUUUCUAUAGGAAGUCUGGUUCUGGUGAACUGCAAUAGUCCCAGAUGGCCUGGCAUAAUCUGUCCUGAUCUUGUUAAUGGACAGCAUGUAACACAUGAUUUGGAUGGGUAUCUUGAGAGUAAUCAUGUAGAAUACCUUGGGGAUCCCCAUUCCAGAGGUUGGGUUGCAGUAAAACAUAUUGGUCAUUAUUCUACUUCAGUUAAGCCAGAGUGCUGCAGGAGACAAAAGAAAUGGUAUAAAAGUGCGUUAGAAGAAGCAAACAAACUACUUGCAUGUUCUUCUGAGCAAAGACUUGGCCAUCUAUCAUCAAAGGGGGGCAAAACAGAUGCCAGUAAUGACACAGAGCUAUCCAAGAGGAGAAAUAAGCAAGUUGGUAAGAGAAGUACAUGUGGAACUGGACAAAAGAAAAAGAAAAAAAUGUUAAGAUUUUUUCUUUUAACAACUGGCUCAGAUGGCUUCCUCUCAAAAGACAAUCUGGGACAGCUCCACUUCCUCACAGCAGGUCUAUCACUCAACUCAAGAGAUUUAGAAAGAGAAGGCUGUCUCAGGCCAAACUUCCCAUUGCAAGUGCGUCUAGUUCCCAAAGAAUAUAAUUAUAUGUACUAUACAAACAAUUUCUUCUCCCUCCUCAAGUCUCUCUUAAGAAUGAUGGAGACUGUAAUUCAAAUAGACUUCAGAGAUUCAUGAAAUUGGGGAGAAUGCUGCAGAGCUCCAGUUCCCUUGGAGGUCUUUAUCCAUAGCAUGCUAAUUUUUGUAUUGUGUAUUGCAAGGUAUCACUUUUGCCCUAUAUUUUGAGAUAUGUUUCACAGUAUUUUUGGUAAAGGCUCUUCUUACUUUUUAAUUUUUCAAGUAAUUAGGUGUCUAUAAAAUAAUGAUGUAAUAGAAUGAAUUUUAUUUCAAUAAGUAUAUACCUUAAAAGAAUAUUAACUAUACACUGCAGUCUGAAUAUUAGCUAUAUUCUUCCAGAAUCUUUGCAUUUACCUUACUGUAUGCAUAAAUGAAUUUCCACCUCUCUGCUUAUGACAACAGUUUGUUUUACAUGUGGGUGGACUAUGUAUUGACUGAUCUUUAAAAUCCUGAUAAUAAAAUAUAGUGGAUAAUGAUAUUUCUUUCAAGUGUAAUGCAUCUAGAGAAUGCAUAUUUUCUUUUCAGGUAACUAAAUACAAUACAGAGAUUACUGAAGGAAGUCCAGCGGAAAGCUACUGCCAAGAGGACUGUGUUGUUAUUGAUGGAAUAGCUUUCAGGGUGGUGGAUUGUAUUGAGAAUAUAACAAAUAAGUUUAAAGAAAUAGAUUCUCUGAUGGCUGAAUUCCAAAAUGUUUAAUGCUGAAACCAACUCACAAACAGAAUAACCAGCCCUAUCAGGAUACCUGCAUAUUGUCUAUCCCCCCUCCCUGCCCCACCGCCCAUAUUCAUAGGCUUAAAUAAGUGAAUGCUAUAAAAAGAAUUCAAAUGUAAUUUAAUGUCAAGUAUUAACUGAUAACACUUCUAACAAAAUAGUGGUAUAUUUUGAAGUGAAUAGUUGUUUAAAAUGUAAAUAUUCAUUUAAACUCUUUUGCUAAUUUCAUAGAAUAUUUUUGUUAAGGUUUGAAACAAGUUAUAGAUACUGAAAGUUUAUCUGUCUUCAUAAAAUAAAGACAGAUAAACUUA